AUGGUUCAAGAACGGCAGUCCCCUACAAGGUUCAACAACCUUCAAGCAGAAGUCCAAGAAAAUAAGGAGAGGACCUUGAAGAAGGAGAGGAAUCCUAGGUACCCACGCAUCAGUGCCCCUCGCCGCCAGAAGCUCGACCAGUACCAGAUUCUGAAAUACCCUCUGACCACAGAAUCGGUCAUGAAAAAAAAAAUCGAAGAUAACAACACUCUGGUUUUCAUUGUCGACAUCCAAGCUGAUAAGAAGUAG